AUGGCAUUCAGGGUGCAGGCAGGCAUGUGGGUCACAAAGCCACAGUGGACCUUCCGCUGGAUCCGAGCACUGAGCACAAGGUCUUCUCCAGCACUCCAGGCAGUACUGCCCUUCGAAGCCAUUCCCCAGUGUCCAGGCAACAAGUGGAUGAGGAUCCUGCACAUCUGGAAAGAGCAGAGCCAGGAGAACAUUCACCUGGAGAUGCAGAAGCAUUUUCAAGAGUUAGGGCCCAUUCUCAGAAAUGAUGCGGGAGAAGUAUCCAUGGUGCAUGUGAUGCUGCCCAAAGAUGUGGAGCAGCUGCAGCAGGUGGACAGCCUGUACCCAAUCCGGAUGCCUGUAGAGCCCUGGCUGUUCUAUCGACAACUUCGUGGGCACAAACUCAGCGUGUUCUUGAUGAACGGGCCUGAGUGGCGCCACCUGCGACUGAAGCUGAACUCAAAUCUGUUGGAACCCAGAAAUGUGCAAAGGUUUGUGCCCAUGGUGGACAGGGUGGCCCAAGACUUCUCCCAUGUCCUGAGGAAGAAGGCAAUGCAGAAUGCCCAUGGGAGCCUGACCCUGGAUAUCUGCCCCAGCAUAUUCUCCUACAGCUUGGAAGCCAGCCACUUUGUUCUGUAUGGAGAGCGGCUGGGUCUCCUUGGCCCCAACCCCAGUCCUGCCAACAUGAACUUACUCCAGGCUGUGCAGGUCAUGAUGGACUCUUCCGUGAAACUCAUCUCUGUACCCCAGAGCCUGUCCCGCUGGACCAGAACCAGUGUAUGGGAAGAGCACUUCCAGGCCUGGGACAACAUCUUCCAUUUUGUCAACAAGGCCAUGCACAGAACUUACCAGGAGCUGGCGCUCAACAGCCUGCAACAUUACCGAAGCAUCGUGGCGGAGGAACUUCUGGACUCAGAGAUGUCCCUGGACAUCUUGAAAACCAAUGUUGUGGACCUCACUGUAGGGAGCAUAGAAACAACAGCCUACUGCCUGCUGAUGACCUUCUUUGAGCUGGCUAGAAAUCCCGACAUUCAGCAUGCCCUACGCCUGGAAAGUCAGGAGGCCGAGGCCACCAUCAAGGAAAGUCCCCAUAAGGCUAUCUCAGAGCUGCCUCUGCUGCGAGCUGCCCUCAAAGAGACCUUACGGCUGUACCCUGUGGGGCCAACUCUGAACAGGCAGGUGAAAUCAGACCUGGUGUUACAGAACUACCACAUCCCGGCUGGGACCAGGGUCUACAUUCACCUCUACUCUCUGGGUCGGAACCCCGUUACGUUCCCCAGGCCUGAGCGCUAUGACCCCAAGCGCUGGCUGAACAAGGCGUCAAGCUCUAAAUUCGGUCACUUGACCUUCGGUUUUGGGAUUCGUCAGUGCCUGGGGCGGCGAUUGGCAGAAAUGGAGAUGCUGCUCAUCCUUCACCAUGUGCUGAAAAACUUCCAUGUUAGUACUGUCUCCUCCAAGGACUUACCGAUGAUUUGGCGCUUAGUAUUGAUGCCGUCCACCUACCCACUCCUCACCUUCCAGGUUAUCAACCAAACCACCAACAGAGCACCUUAG